UGGAAAAUAAACAUCAACAAUCGGAUAGUACCACGUCAAGAACCGAAAAGUGAAUGUUUUUUUGAUGGUUUAAGAAACGUUUUAUCAGUAAAUUUGCUGGAAGUUGCAAUCAGCGCGUCCGUUAUCAUCAGUUUCAACGUUAUUUGGCGAUGUACCCCGAGUAAGAAGCUCUCGAAACGGGAUUAAACUUCGCAAAAAUGUGUUGCGUGUGUGAUGAAACAUCGCAGAAAAAAGACCUAAACAAUGGAAUGCGGAAACGGAUUCGAACCGGAGCUUCGGGAAACGGCACAGCUCAACAGCAGCAGAGGAGAUCCAGUCGCAAAUGGGGAAAACGAUUGGGAGGAUGUCAAUGUUUUGUGGUUUUCCUGAGCGGAUCAUUGCUGUCCGGGUUGAUGUUUGCGCUGCUGAACUAUAUUCCCAACUAUCGAUCCCUCCCGGUGGCUGGAAGUGGAGGACGGGUGGCGCCUCAUCAUUUACCGGAUUCUGGGUUCCUGCAAAUUGCCGACGAAGCCCGGGUCAUGGAACCUUACAUGGCGGCCGUUAAACUUCCGGGAGUAUUGGACGCUUCGAGACACACCAAAGCUGAUACCCUGCAUGACAGCAACGAACAGGAAGCGCUUAGCUCCUUGAAAGUAGCUCUGGAGAUGAAACAGAUGGGAAAAGAUGACAAGGCUCUGCGACUAUUUCAGCACGCCCUAGCUCUGUCCCCAAAACAUCCGGAAAUUCUGGUAAAAUAUGGUGAAUUCCUGGAGCACAAUCAACAGGAUGUGGUUACGGCUGAUCACUACUACUACCAGGCACUAACAGUGAGUCCCGGAAAUUCGGAAGCGCUGGCCAAUCGUCAAAGAACGGCGCAGAUUGUGGAGCUGUUGGAUCAGAAACGUUUCGAAAGGUUGGACACCAAGAGAGAUGCACUAUCUUCGGUUCAUGCUUCGAAUGCUGCACUUAAACGGGCGGAGAAGGAAGCUUACAUACAGCACAUUUAUCAUUCGGUGGGCAUUGAGGGAAAUACGAUGAGUCUCGCGCAGACUCGAUCGAUUCUGGAAACUAAAAUGGCAGUCGAUGGGAAGAGCAUUGAUGAGCAUAACGAAAUUUUGGGAUUGGAUGCUGCCAUGAAAUAUAUAAAUGCAUCUUUGGUUAAUAAAAACGACUUCAUAACCCUUAAGGACAUCCUGGAGAUCCAUCGACGAGUUCUGGGUCACGUUGACCCUAUCGAGGGUGGUGAGUUCCGACGUACCCAGGUCUACGUAGGUGGUCACAUUCCACCAGGGCCAGGUGAUUUGUCAAUUUUAAUGAGUCGAUUCGAGCAUUGGUUGAACUCGGAGCAAGCUUUUCUGUUACAUCCGGUUAGAUACGCAGCCAUCGCGCAUUACAAACUGGUCCACAUUCAUCCAUUUAGUGAUGGCAAUGGUAGAACUUCGCGGUUGCUCAUGAAUACUUUGCUCAUGCGAGCCGGUUAUCCACCGGUGAUCAUUCAAAAGCAACACCGGCACAAAUACUACGACUAUCUGCAGAUUGCCAAUGAAGGAGACAUCCGACCGUUCGUUCGGUUCAUAGCAGACUGUACGGAACGAACGUUGGAUUUGUACCUGUGGGCAACGAGUGAACUGUCCAAUCCGAUUCCGCUGCUAGCACAGGAAAACAUCGGAGGCGAAACACCUCUAAUUCAGCAGUUUGAAAAAGCAAAUCGGCUGGACGAUCGUGAAACUGGUGAAACCAUUCGAAUAGGAGCCAUUUGAUAUCUACUGGCAUCGGUACUUUUGAUAGCAAUAGUCAUUUUGAUGUUGAUAAAAAGUACACAGCCAGUCGUGAUGCUGGUUACAGUCUAAUUGUUUACCAAAAAAAUGUUCCUCACUCGAAGCCAAAAUCUUGUAGAUAUUUUUUUAUAAAAAAAGAUCCACUCGGAUGAACGCGCGUUGUCGUCAGUAAAACGCUUUUUAUGCUUGUAGAUAUUAUUAUCAUUUUAUGUAAACACACAUUUACAACCCUUUGUAUUAGAUAGAGUCACGAAGUGUACAUAGGAAAAGUUACCUGUAGUUAACUCAAACUGACUUCGAAGUUUUAACAAAUUAGCUUCAAUAAACAACAUUAAAAUGCUAGUAUUGAAAUAGUUACAAAUAUCCAAUAAACUAUAAUGUUUAACAGUUGUUCCAAUCAUACCAGACGCACACCACAGAUUUCCAAUAAAAAGUAGCAUUUACCGUUGUUAAAGCGAGUUUUGUUUAACGUGUGGAGUGGAAUGAAAUUUAAGAAAAAUCAAACGCACACAAUUUCGUUAAUGACGAUCCAAUGAGUAUAGUAUACGUAGUAUUGGUUUGAUUUAACGAAGCGAAUGAUCUAGUAAAGCUAAAAUUAUAAAACGUUAUUUAUUGCAAUGUUUUGCCUUAACAUUUGAUAUUGUAAACAGUGUAUAAAACUACCAGCAUCUGUGAUUUGUAAUAUGAACAAUGUGUAAAAAGUUUUUGUUACGAUGGUUUUUAAAUUAAUAAAACUACAAUCAAGCGUGUCUGCACACAAAACAUUAGAUUCAUUCUAAACGAGAAAGCUAUUUAGUUAAAGGUUGAUUCUCCAACAAAGAUCCUAAAAACGAAGGAAAGCUACAAAACUGACUUCUUUCACGAGAAUCAGCCUGUUUUAAGGACAAAAGAAGAAAAAACAUCAAAACGGUUCAGAUUUCUUUUUUCUUUUUUUUUAAUUUAUUU